UUUAAUGACUGCAUUUAUUGUUAUCACUAAUUACACACAAAAUGGAAUUUUAAAUUAACGAGAAUAUAAUGCAUACACAUAAGAGCAUAAAAACAAUCUACUAUCAGCAAGGAUGUUAUUUGAAAAAUUAUGGGGAAAACUUUUUCUGCUAAAUUUUCAUAUGACACUGUUGUCAUUGGUUUUAAACUUAGCAUGGAGGGUUGACAAUUGGAUUCAAAGUAACAUUGACUCGACAAAGUGGUAUGAAGUUGAUCAAUCGUCAAAAACCUUUUUUACGAUCUCAACAACACUGCCUGCUACGUACUGCUUGCUAAUGAUAGAUUUGGAAAUAUUAGGGGUUAUGUCCGUUCAAAGUAAAAUAAAUUGGCAAAAAUGGAUGACAAUACUUUCGCUCUUGUUCGCUGUGACAUUAUUUGCAGCAUCAGUUGGUGUCUUCCAAAACGCGAGUGCAUUGAAUGACCCACCUUUAUAUUGCGAUAAAAGAGUAAAGUGUACGCAUCUUACAUGUGUUGGGGUGUGUGGAAUUGUUUCCGCUUUUGGUCUUUUGCUUGCCUCGUUUACCCAUCUUAAAGAAGCUCGAAAUAACAGAACAACUUACCAGUAAUUGAGAAACGAUGAUAAGUGCUUUGAUAACAGAAUAUUAAAACUUAAGGAAAAAGUCAACAAAGGCAGCACCUUUCAAAGAAAUGAGACCGAAAUCUUGUAAACACUUCCAAAUUUAUUCUACACCUUGUAUUUUGUUAAGUCUAAUAAAUAUGAAAAAUUUCCCCUGCA